AUGGCCGCCACUACGAGGAACAACAACGCUUGCAGUGCGGACAGGCCCCGGUCUACGCCAAGGACUGCAGAAGAGGAAGCAGCUGUACUGUCGCUUUGCGACUUCUGGAUCCGGGCGCGGCAGGAGCACAAUGCGGCCUUGGCCUUGCAACAGAUGCGCACUAAGGGUGCACAUCUACAAGCUGUCCAGGGCUGGCACUACAUGUCUACAGUAGGGGGAGUGGAAGGGUGCCUGUCGGACGACACCGAGAGUGAGGCCGAGGAGUUGACAGCGGCGUUGGACAACUGGCGGUCAUCAUCGAAGAGGCUGGACCCAAAGGCAUCCCCCUCGCACACACCGGCUGGGAGUGUCAUUGGCAAGGCCGAGCCACGAUAUCCUGCGACCAGCAUCCGCAGAGGCAACAGGGGAAACAAACUGCCGCCUCUAUCCGAUCUUGCAAGGUCAACAAGGUCCGCCGGCGUCAACAAGCGUGGUGCGACCCCAACAGCAAAGGGUAGAGUGGCAAAGGCGGCCCUCUGCAAGCCAGUGUUCCAGAUGAGCCUGAGGCCUUCCAACGAGAUCAAGUCUGCUCGGAUCCGUGCGCUCCUGUGUAAGGCGAGGCCCUGA